AUGUCUAAGCCGCGAUUUUUUACUGGUAUUCAGCCAACUGGUUUGUUAACCCUAGGUCAUUAUUGCGGAGUAAUUCGUCACCUUGUUUCGCUCCAAGAUAAUUACGAAGUGAUUAUUAUGAUCGCUGAUCUACAUGCUUUCACGGUUCCUAAUUCUGUCCUAAAUUAUCACGAAAGAUGUUAUGAAAUGGCCGCACUUCUUUAUGCAUGCGGCUUAAAAGAAGAAAAUUGUAAAAUCUUUUGUCAAUCCCAAGUGCCUGAACACUUGUUUCUGGCUCAUUUGUUAUCCCCUUUUGUUACGGUUGGUUCCUUGUCGCACAUGAUUCAAUACAAGGAAAAAAAGAAAAAUGAGGAAACAGGCAACCUAGCCUUAUUGUCUUACCCCGUAUUAAUGGCGGCCGAUAUUCUCCUUUAUGAUGCGGAUUUAGUAAUUGUUGGCCAAGACCAAAGACAGCACUUAGAGUUAACUAGCAUUAUUGCUCGUAAGUUCAAUAAUUUUUUUGGGCAAAAUUUAUUAAAAAUUCCCCAGUUUAUCAUCCCGGAUCAAGGGGCAAAAAUAAUGGAUUUGCGAAAUCCAACAAAAAAAAUGUCGAAAAGUGAAACCGACCACAUUUCCUUAUUGGAUACACCCGAAAUCAUUAAAAAAAAAGUGGCUCGGGCGGUUACGGACUCAGAAAACAAAAUCUAUUACCACCCCAGAAAAAAGCCCGGACUUUCGAACCUACUAACUAUUUAUGCUCUCCUGAAUGGUUGGGAAAUAAGCGAAGCUGAGAAAAAUUUAACUGGGCUUGGUUAUGACCAAUUUAAAUCAAAACUUACGCAAUUAGUUAGUGAUAAACUCGUCGCCAUCCAGAAAAAUUAUGAUUUUUGGCGAACUAUGAUUGAAGUAUUGUUAGAAAAAAACACCAAUUAUUUACGGACACAAGCCGGAAACAAAGUCAAUUUGCUGAAAAAAGAAUUAAAAAUCUUUUCACUGCCUAGAAAAAACGGUAAAGAACAAAAUAAUUAG